GCGCUCUCGUGACCUCCAAUGGCAAGAUCCUACAUGUUUCCAACACCUUGGCAGAUGAAGGCAUAGAAGAUGGAGAUACAGUUUCCGUGAUCGUACGCGAUGUUGAGGUGUACGCCCACAAGCUUGGUAGAGCAUUCGCUGCCAUUACCACGGAUGGUAGCGUAGUCACGUGGGGCAGCAGUGAGAAUGGUGGAGACAGCUCAAGCGUGAAGGAGCAGUUGCAGGACAUUCAGACAAUCAAGGUUCCUGGACCACGGAAGCAGGCUACAGUUGGGGCCUUUGCGGCAAUCCGCGGUGACGGCAAGGUCAUCACAUGGGGAAGCGUUGAGUGUGGCGGGGACAGUACUUCUGUGGAGGCCUUGCUUGAGGAUGUCGUUUCCAUACAGGCGACCCAUAAAUCCUACGCUGCUCUUCGGCGAGAUGGACGAGUCAUCACCUGGGGCAGCGGGGCAUACGGCGGCGACCUUGACAAUCAAGACAUCAUCCGAGAGCUCCAAGAUGUUCGCAAAAUUGGUUCAACCACAGGCGCCUUUGCUGCCAUACGGAACGAUGGCACUUGCUUCACCUGGGGGUCUUUAUCCUUCGGUGGCAACACCGAGACAAUGAAAGAUGUCUUACAAGAUGUCAGAGAUGUUGUUGGAGCCUCCCGGGCCUUCGCCGCUGUCAGAGGAGAUGGCACCGUGCUUAGCUGGUGCUGUAAGCUUUGGCCGGACUUCGAAGGCAUUGUGGGGGGAGACAGUGAAGCAGCGCAGGCGCAGCUAUACGAUGUACAGCAGGUUAUAGCAUCAACCCAUGCCUUUGCAGCCAUCCGGUCUAACGGAGAUGUGGUAACAUGGGGAGCUCCCGGCUGUGGUGGUGACAGUAAGGCUGUUCUUCAUCAGCUGAGAGAUGUGAAGACCAUCUAUGCAAAUUCCUUUGCUUUUGCAGCUUUGCGAGGGGACGGCACUGUCGUCUCUUGGGGCGACAGCGCCUACGGCGGCGACAGUCGGACUGUCCAGAGUCAGCUCGAAAGUGUACAACACAUUGAAACGACAGGAGGCGCCUUCGCAGCUUUGAAGCUUGAUAAGACGGUCGUGGCGUGGGGGGGCGCUGAUCAUGGAGGUGACAACUCAGCCGUCGCUGGCAAGCUUACAGAUGUGCAGCAGGUCAGUGGAUCUUUGCAGGCCUUCGCGGCCCUGAAGAGUGAUGGAAGCGUCGUGACGUGGGGAAGUCCUGAGUUCGGUGGAGACAGCAGCGCGGUUCAGGAGAAGCUGCACGACGUUCAUCGUCUGUUUUCAGCUAUGCGGGCCUUUGUAGCUGUGCGAGCAGAUGGCACCUUUGUGACAUGGGGAAACCUGCCCUUUGGAGGCCCAACUACAUAUCUGGAGCAUGGCUAUUACUAG